GCUCGCUGCUGUUACUAUGGCUAUGAGGCCAGCGUGUGACAGGGCAGGUUGGCCGUAGGUGCCGUUGCCAUGGUUACGAGGCCUGCAUGUCCCCCCGGAAGCCUGGGAACUAGAGUAGAACCGUACCGGCGGGAAGUCAGAGAGCUGGCAAAGUGAAAUUACAGACGGAAGCCAUCAUGUUACCAGAGGAAGCAGAGUUUGCAGAACUGCUCACUAGGAAGGAACAAGAAUGGAAAGAAUUACAGCAAAGACAGGUCCUUUACCUGGAGAACUCCCUGAGCGAGUCAAAGAAACUUGUACAGGAACAAAACGAAAAAUUCAACUGUUUAAAAAGAGAUUUUACCCACAACCUCAGAGUACUGGGGGAAAGAGACAGGGAAUUGGAACACUAUGAAGUCAUGUUCAGUCGGUUAAAAGUUGCUGAAAAUGCAAAACAGUCCGAAAUCAGUGAUCUGAAGGUGCAGAUAGAGAAGUUGCAACAAGAGCUCCAGCGAGAGAAGAGGCAUUAUGAUGAAUUACAGGGACACUAUCAGCGAAAACUGAAAGAGCACCAGAUUGAGAUGGACAGAGUGCACAGCUCCAAAAACGGUGAACUUGAUCGGCAUCGGGAAGAAUAUGAGAAAGUUAAACGUCAGCUAGAGAGAAAAAUUGAGGAGGUACAGGGAGACCUGAAGUUACAAAAGCAGGAACUGUUGCUGGACUUUGAUUCCGAAAUGAAGAAACGGGAACAUGAGUUCCGCCUGCAGUUAGAUGAAAUGAGCACACUGGUUUUAUCUCAUGAACUUAAGGUAAAGCUUCUGACAAAAGAGUUAGCCGUCCUUAGGGAAAUGGAGCUGAAAGCCAACGAAAUGCUCCAAGGAGUGGAGUCAAGCAAUCAGGCUUUGCAGGAGACUCUCAAGCAAAAAGACUUUGAAAUCAAAGAUAUAUCUUCUGUAAAGGAUGCAAGAAUAAAGGAACUAGAGGAUAAAGUGCAAUCAUUAGAGCGGAAAUUAAAAAGAGAAGAGGAGACCUUUCAAAGAAAACAUGAACAGCUAGAUCGCUGCUCCCGUGAGAAGGAAAGUGCUCUGAUGUCGAUGAAGGACGCACACUCUGAGCAGGUACAGAGAUUGGAGGCACAGAUCAAGGAGUUGCAGAUGUGCAUUGAAACCCAGGAGAUGGAGCAGCGCAGUUUGCAUGGCCGCCAGCAGGGUUUACUAGCAGAAAAAGAUGCCACGAUUGAAAAGUUAAAAGGAGACAUUGAAACACUCAAGACUGGUUGGGAUAAGUACAUCUCUCAAACAUCGAAAGAGUCCGUUAGCAAAGAUCUCCAUGUGCAGUCAAUGCAAGAAGAGGAAGAAAAGCUAAAAGCACAGGUUGCCAAGUACCAGAAGGACAUUGAGAGGUAUCAGCAGCAGCUCGCCCUAUCAGUUGAACGGGAACGGCUUUUGGAGCAGGCCAAGCUGCAGACUGAGCUGGAUUGGCAGAAGCGCUGUGAGGGUGUGGAGAAAGCUCAGUAUCAGAAUUCAGAGAAGCUGAUAGAAAGUCUCACUGAAGCCAAGCAACAGGCGGAAGCGGAACUGAAGGAGAACGUGCGGCAGCUGAAUGAGUUGAAACUUUUGGUAUCUGCUCUAACGUUUGAGAGAGAUAAAGCCAUAGACAUGCUCAAAAGGAACAGCGCAAAAUGGGAGCGAGGAGAACAGACAUUUGCAGCUGUUUCCAUGCUGGAGCUGCAUGCUAAUUUUGCAUCUAGUGAAAUCCAAAAACUACAGGAACAAAAUUCUGAGUUGCGCCAUGUAAUCGGGCAGAUGAGGAAGGAGAUGGAGUCCCUCUGUGAACAGAUUCCAAAUUCUGAACAGACAGGCGGAGUGAAUGUGCAACCUCAGGGGAAUGUGCAGUCUCCGGAUUAUGUUAAAUCUCUUGAAGAUGAAAUCCAAACCUUGAAACAAAAUAACAGAGGCAUGGAAGAACAGCUUCAAGCAGCGAUGGACAAAAAGGACAAGAUAGAAGACUCCCCACUAGCAAAGCCAGUACUGCCUGAGAAUGCCUACAUCCAAAACUAUAUCAGAGGCUUGAAUGAAACAAUUAGUGCUCUAAGAGCUGAUAAAGUCACUUCUGCUGCAAAUGUCAGGAGACUGGAAGGAAGAGCAGCUCAUCUCGACUCUAUGGUUACAGAGCUGACGCUGAAGGGCCAGCAGAAGCAAGCAGAAGUUGACCAUCUCCAGUUUCAACUGAAUAAGGAGACUCGUCACAGCCAAGAGGCCAUCUCCAGCCUGCAGCAGAGACAAGCUGCGUUGGAGAUGCAGCUGACGGAGGCAAGGAAAGAGGCUGAAGAAUAUUUCAAAGGAAAUCUCCAGCAAAGCGUAGCAGCGGUCGGUCUGGGAAAUGAGGUGUCUGCCCUUAAGUUGGAACUUGCCAGUCAAAGGAUUCCUGUAGUGUUGAGCGAGAAUGAGACGGUGAGCCAGCUCCGAGAAGAGAUCCUGGCACUCCGGCAGCAGUUAGAUUGGGGUAAAACUGCAGGUGGCGGUUCUUCUGACUUGCUACGCAGCAAACUGAAAGAAGCCGCAAAAAAGAUUUCCCAACUCAGCCUAGAAAAACAGCAACUGAUUGAUAUGGGGAACCGGCUGCGGGCUGAACGAGCGCUGGCAGAACGACCAGCCCAGGACCCUCGGACUCCAGUUCAAUCAUGCUUUUCAACACCUCCAUCCAAGCUACCAACACAGGACCCAUCAAACCGCCUUUCUGCUUUAGAGAAUCUGCAAUACCAACUGACAUGUCAGGAACUUCAAUUUGCCCAGUACCAGAAGCUGCCCGGACACCCUGCCAAACAUCAGGCCAGUGUUAGGGCCAAGAAUCAAGGACACAGUGAAGAUUCUGGAGGAUUUGCUGCAAUGCAGCAGAAAGAAAACACCCAUCCUUCACCCCCUGUGCAGGGAAAAGCUUCCGCGUCUCCGCGUCCAUCAGGUUCCUGGUUUGAAGCAGACACAUCUCUGCAGGAUGUUUGGAAAAUCCUGGAUAUGGGAUCAAGUCCAUCACUACUCAGCUCUGUAGAAAGCAGUCAGCGAGUUAUUCCUGGAAGAAUCAAACCUCAGUCCACAAGUCAACCUACUGCAAAUAUGUCAAUAAACAUUGCUUCAUCUCGGCACCCCAAUCUACAAGACAGAUCCAAAACUUCUUCUGUUGUCAAACAGGUGAAAACCAAGAGUAUUCACAGUACCCCUAAAAUUCGAAAUUAUAAUGUGAAAGAUUGAGUCACAAGAUUGUUGUCCAGUACACAAAUUGGAGAUGGAUAUUGACCCUUAUGAUGACUUGAGGAAGACUCCACUGCUUUCAUCCAAUGGAUUGAUCUGGUACCAGACACACUGAAUGAAACCCAUCGAGAUUCUUCACAAAAUAAAAAUCACAUUUUCCCCGAGUUAUUUUUCCUCUUUACAACUGUAACAUAACCGUUUUGUGUUCUAAAUGUAAUAAUUUGUUUUAGCAAACAUGUGGGGAGAACACUAAUAGUAAAUCUAUACAGCGAUUGGUACAUUUUAUUAGCUGUAGAUAUUAAAUUCCACCAACAUGCUCACUAAUAUGAGAAUUUCUAGUAAAGUUGCAGGUGCAGAGUGAGUGACGUAACUGGGAAACAAAGUGCAGGAAUUCUAAAGGCUCUCAAAUACAGCAUUAAGGUACAUUUUGUUUGCACUGCAAGUCAUUGGGUGAGAUCCCCACCAAUAUAUUACAGCCAUAAUCACCACAACUACUUCAUGUCUUCUGGAGCAGUUGACCAGGAACACCUUGUAAAUGAGGAGUUAUGACUUCCAAUAUUGGUUACUAUGGAGCUAAUGGACUAUCACAUCUUUAAUCUUUCCACAUCUAGAACACUGUCCAGGAGAAUCGGCAUAUUGAGACGUUACCAUAAAUAAUAUGGAUUAUAUAAAUUUGUAUCUGGGUAUCUCUGAGUACAAGUAGUGCUAUCUCACUCUUUAGGUUAUAUUCAGCAAAGACCUAAUUGUAAUGAAACUGAAUUGCAGCAUUGGGGCUAAAAUAGAGCCCUGAUUUGUAAAUAUUUUGUUUGUUUUGUCUACAUUUUAAAAAUCAGUUUAAGAUCCCUACAAUUUUGUGUUUUGUUAAUUUGUUAAACCCCUGUCUGCAGUAAAGUACAUCACUUAUAUAAUAUGUAUAAGUUCAGCAAGGAAAGCAGUGAGUGACUUUUAAGCCGUGUCUUAGAUGUUUUACAAAUAGAAAACAAGAUUGUAAGCUCUUGAGAGCAGGACUUUCUCUACAGUUAAUCACACUGUCAUAAUAGUGUUUUUUUGUUAGUUUUUUGCCAAACUCUGAAUUGUGGCAGAUUGAAAAUCAAACGUCAAGUGUGCUUAUAGCAAAGCAGACAUUGAUUCCAGAUCAGCUUUUUGCUAUUCAAUCUAGAUUUUUUGUGUUUUUUUUUUUUCUUUCAGUUCACUACAAUUUGGAUCUUAGUAGUUAGGACUACUAAAUGCAUCCAGACCAGGCCAUCUCAAUGAAGUGUUCUAGAUGAAGUGACCCUUUAGUUUUAAAACAUUGCUGUUCAGCAGAUACGGCAAUGCUAUGCUUGGAGGGUUCACUAGUGACCAUCGACCUGACACCCACUGGAGGCGCUUCACCUGUGAGAACCAAGCCAAAGUCUGUUCUCAAUCAAAUGCUGCUUCUAAUCUAAAUCGGCGGCAGGAGACUAUAGCAUUACAAAUACAUGUUUUAGAGUGUUCUUUUAAUAAUGAAUAAACCCCUGGUGUCUUUCUG